ACGGAAAGUGUACGUUAAAAAAUUAUAAAUGAACGACAGCGUCAACAUGACUGUUUAUGAAUUUUAUUCCAAUUAUUUGUUUACCGCGACUUUUCAAAAUUAGCGAAUAAGUGCUGAAAAUCUAGAAAAUGAUAAAUAUGUAAAACUUAUACGAAUUAUUUUUACAUCUUACAAAAGAGAAAAAAAAAUUGAAAAUGGCUGUUACAAACGCAAUGUUCCUUUUCGAGGUGGUGAUCGAAAAUGUUAAAAGCUUGGUAGAGAGCCGUCAACUUGUCAUACGAAGUGAAUUCGCCGAUAUAUUUUCAUUAGAAUUAAAAGAUCCCAAGCAAAUGCACAUAGUUAUCCCGGAGCCCCCACCGCUGCCUCCUGAACCGCCUGGAAAGAAAGGAAAGAAAAAACCUCCCCCAAAAAAGGGCAAGAAAGGAAAAGAACCGGAACCGCCUCCCGAACCGGUUAUUCAGUCAGGGCAAUCCGUUUUGUUCACGAGUAGUGCAGAGUUCUUAAUACAGAACAUGAAGAAGUUUCCCAUGGAAAUGUCUCUGUGGAGCAAAGAAGACAAUUUAGUUUAUAUCGGCUCUAACAGCAUUCCGUGGGACCAACGGUUCCUAGAGUACUUAGAAAAGAUAUGUAACUGUCAGGAACCUUUACCGGUUACUCUGAACGAAGAAUAUAACAUAUUUGAAGAAGGGACUGCUAAGCUGAUGGCAAAAAUUAGCAUCCAAGUUAAAUUGACAUAUCUCACUGAUAGAGUCACCACUUGCUUCAGGACUCUAUCUGAAGAUCCGGCUGUUAAAAAAGUUUUGUACACUGGCAUAAACUCCAAAACCACUUCUUACAUGUGCACCUUGAAAACAACUGACGAAACUUUUGAAGAAAACUGUAAUAAGAUCGAAAAUAACUUUGUUAAAGAUAAACCUAAGCCUGCAAAUAAAAUCGUUUUCGCCGAUUAUAAGAAUGCCCCAGGGGCGAAUCUCACGUUCUUCAACGAUGGAGACUACUGUUGCAUGGGCAAUGCUGACAAGCCACCGGAGUCCAUCUACAAAGCUCCAGAAACAUGUCCCGAUGUCGAUCACAUUGUUGACUAUGUGAGGAAGAUAAUCGUGUCCUGUAAUGAUAACAUGAGAAUGUUAACACCGCGACCAACUAUAUCUCCAAGGGUGAAAGCCACAGAUAUUGAUAGACUUUGUUAUUGCAAAGAAACGAAUUGGCCAGCCGGCGAGUUCGCUCAAAGAUUUAAGAAAGAGGCACAAAGUGGCCCCUGUCCUAUGUGUAUAAAUGCUGGAAAGAGGCCUCCAAACAACCGUCCAGUUACCUUUGAUAUAGCCAAUAUUAGAGGACCUUGUGGAAGACCAGAUUGUAGAAUAGCUAGAGAUAUGAGAGCAUACAUAGAAAAUAUGGUGGAUGAAGAUAACCAAGAGUUCAAAAUUAAUGAUGUUAUAGGCCCAUGUGGUAGCAAAGAUUGCAAUCUGGCGGAGAAGAUUCAACAAUUCCUUAGACACGAAGGGGUCUUCAGUCAGGCUAGCACUUUGGAGGGACUCUCCACUCAAUGCGCUUGUAUGAAGACAAUGCAAGACGCUCUUACCAAGAAAAACUCAUGUGCCUCUAUCUGUAGCAAAGAUUGCGAAAACGCGGAAUCCAGCGAAGAAUCAGGCCGCUGUGAAGGAAAAGGCUGUCCAUUUGCGCAAGACAAAAAAGUUUACAAUGUUUAUUACUUUACGGUGGAACAUGACUUUGAAAAGGACACCACUGGCCCAUCAUCUCAAUCGUCUGAUCCAAAAUUUAAGUAUUGCGGCUCAAAUUGCCCAAGUAUGAAAACUUCAGAAAAAACUUCAUGUUCUAAAACGACUUGCCCGACGCCUCUAUUAGAUAAGCAGGCAAGCGAUGAAGGAUGUAUCGGACCCACGUGCACAUCUAAAAAAGAUAUGCCUCCAAGUCCAGCUGACAGCAAUAUAGUUAUACAUUUUGACGAUAUACACAAUCCAUGCUGCGUCAAAUCGUGUGACAUAGCUGAAAGAGUGAAAGACUUCAUAGUAGACGGAGUGACGAGUAAGAAACGGAAAACUCAAGACGAUGAUCCUUGCUACUGUGACUGUGUAUGUACCUUUAAAUUUUCAAGGAAAACUACUUACUGCGCCGUUUGUGGUGGGUACGAAUGUUUGGGCGACGACAUGCGGGACCAGCCGGACUAUGCCAAGCCACACCCGUGCCCUGUGUAUCACAAGUUGUAUGAUAAGAAAUACAUUAAAACACAAAGUCCGUGGCCUGAGGAAGAAGAAAGUAAGAAACAACCGGAUCAAAUGAGUACGAAAAGCUCCAAGUCAACGUCGAAGUUAGGCGCGAACCAAGAGAGGCGGCUGACGACUUCGAGAUCUAUACGGAGUUUUGUAGAUAAGAAAGAGAAAAAAACUGAAAAGAAAGAGAAGAAAGAGGGGGGCGAGGAUAAAGCGAAGAAAGCAAAACAAGAGAAGAAGAAAGUUGGGAAGUUUACUGCCAACGCCGAUGAAGAGCCACCACCACUAGUGGAGAAGAAACCUGAAACAAAAUACCCUUACCCGCCUGUCCCCAAGAACAUGGGCUGGAACUGGACCGCCGAAGACAUCCCUGGCAUGAAGCCAAGACCAAAAUGGAAGCCAGGCGCAGCAAACAAAAUCCUAGUUAGAAGAUACAGAGCAAUGCGGGAAGGCAUAGACAUAAUAGCAAAGAAAAAACGAGCUAUGAUGCAACGCAAGAAGAAAAUAGAAAUGAAACCAACUUUAGUCGUCAAGAAGCAAGGCGGCGAGUACACUGUACAGAUGGAAGUCUUUAAAAAAUACUCAAAAGAAAGAUUAGUAUUUCAAUACCCCUAUGAUGAAAAGCCGCCUAUUGUUUACACUAUAGGGAAAUCAGCGGAAGAGAAAUUGAAAAUACAGAAGCAAAAGGAAAGACGGGAGCGACGGGAAACGAGGAGGAAGAGCCGAUUACUGCAGUCGACAUUCAGAGAUAAGUGUCAAGAGAUUUGCUUAAAAGCCUACAAUCAAGCUAUAGGUUUACUUCCACUCCCAAAUCCGAAUGAUCCUGAGUGCCCGUGCCAAACUAAAGCCACGGAAAAUCUUAGUCCUCCAAUAGAUUCCUGUUCUUGCUCUGACGAAGGUUCUGUGUCUAGUGAAGACACAGAUGAUGACGAGUGGACCAUUGAAUUCACUCCACCGGCAGCGAGAUGGGAUCAGAAAGCAAAACACCCACCUACAUUAGUAGAGAAUGAGUGUCAAUACAAUUACUUAGAUUACAAAGUGAAACUGUUAGACAAAUACGGAAAUCAAGUCCCGAGGUACUUCAAGGGUCCAGAUGGGAAACAAGAAUGCAGUGAUUUAGGAGGAUUUUGGAGCCCAGACAAGGUCUGGAUGGAAAUCAAUAAAGAUGGUUACAUAGGGCCUGAUAACCGUUGGGUGCCAAUGAACUUCAUAGGACCGGAUGGGAUGUUCUAUUCUGCUGAAGAGGGUUCUUUCGCUGACGCUUCUGGUCAGUUGUUGAAAAUUGGCAUUGAUGGAUAUAUCGACAAAGACGGUAAAUGGGCAUGGUACUCUAAGAGAAAAGGUGCUAAGAGUACUAAAUCCACGAUGUCAGGUUCGACUAAAACAGAGAAAUCUCCAAAGCGAGAUUCACCUCGAGACAAACCUGAUGCCAAGGGCAAAGCGCCUUCUCCUGUGAUGAAAGGAAAAGGACCUGAUAAGAAGGCUCAAGGCACAGAGAGCAAGAGGGGCUCUCCUAAAACUACAUUUGGAAAAGGAGGCAAGAACGCAGUAGUGAUGAGUGUUAUGAAUUAUGACAAUAGAUUGCCUACAAUGAAGAGUUACAACGAGCGACCCCGAUAUAUGGAUCCGAGGAAAAUUGCCAAAUACCGUGAGAUAAUGAAGGGCCUCCAGAUGUAUGAUGACCUCUAUGAAUUUAGGCCUCCUAUAAAAACGAAUAGAGCCUCUAACACUCCCAGUAAGAAAAUAUCGCCGUUUACAAUGGACAGGCAUAAUACAGUGACGAUGGUUGCUGCUCAAUCUUAUAUCAGAAGUAAAGUAAGUAAUAAUUCUACUGCUUCAUAAACUAAAAUAUUUUUAUAAAAAUUGUUUGGUAAAUGUU